CUCAACAAGAGAGUUUCAAGAAAAGGAUAAUAAAAUGUCAACAUCUUGUAAAAUUUAGAUGUGUUUCCAAAUUAAUUGAGCAAUAGAUAAUGGAAGAGUCAAGUGAAGGGUCUAAUCAAAACGGCGAAGAACUGAACUCAGAGGGUAUUAUUCCCGACACCGAAGAAAGCAACAAUAAGUCAUCUUCCCGUGCUGGCAUCAGCACUCAUCAAUGUGGAAUCUGUGAUGCCAGCUUCCCUCUUCUCAUUCAAUAUCUCAAUCAUAGGAUAGAUCAUGCAGGUCCACAGAGUGGGGUCAGCUGUGAGCUGUGUGGGACUGCCUACUCCCGUCAGUCCACGCUACGUGAACAUUACAAGAAGAAACACAGACUCAGCUUUAUUAGCAAACCAUCUUCACCAAAAUCUGCAGGUAGACAAAGAUCGAAGCUAGUCGAGUCCGAUUCCCCCGAGAGACAAUUCAGUGUGAACUGUGACGAUUCCCAACCCACCUCUGAUGACAACAGUGUAACUAAAACCAUCCAUGUUGUUAUCACAAGAGCAGGGGAAGACGAUGAAGAGAAGGCCGGCCAUGAACAAGAAGAAAAUGACUGUAGUUUGGAUGAAAAAGACAUCACUGAGAGUAACCACUUGGAUGUGAGUGGUAGGGAGAAUGUUGAAAACGACAACCUUCAGAAUGAUAUUGACAACAAAGUUGAUGACAUGCAGACUGACAGGGAUGUUGACAAGAUGGAUGUUGAUGAGGAGAAGUGUGAAAUUGAGGGGAAUUGUUCUGAAUCAAACAAAGACACAGACUCAACCGCCAGUCCCGAAAAGACUUGGGCUGGUACUCGACAAUCUUUACAAUGUUUCAAUGACGCUGAAGACUUCCAUUUCGUACUCCUGAAAAACAUGAUCAAUGGGAAUUCGUUCAAGUACAGUAAAGACAGAUUUAAGUGCUUACAUUGUGAGUUUCAGAGCUAUUGGAGGAAUUCAAUGUGUACGCACAUGAAACAAAUGCAUAGAGACAUGAUGUCAAUACAUCAGAACAUUCAGAUCAAGCCACUCGAAUCCCAGAGUGACCAAGGCGAUCAGAGCAUCAUGAAAAUGUCGGAUUAUAUCGCAAACUUGAAACAGAAGAAAACCAAAUCAGUUGAGUGCAGGAUUCGAAGUGUUGAGAAGCAGGACUUGCCUGGCCAGUACUGUUGUAGUAAAUGUGGCAAGGAGUUCAACAGAUUACGAUAUCUACGCAAACACAUGUUGGUUCAUAAAUCUGACAAGAAGUAUCUGUGUGAUGAGUGUGGGAAGGCAUUUAAGACUCGUAGUUAUCUGAAAACUCACUAUCGAACUCACAAGACAAGGGUGUAUAAAUGUAGCCAGUGCAACUUCUCAUCUUCUGUUAAUGCAGUAAUUCAUGCUCAUCGUCAGCUGCAUAAUGACGGCAGUGUUAUAUGCGAUGUAUGCGGGUUUGCUUACGCAGAUAAGUCAACGUUGAAGAAGCACAAACUAGUCCACGAUCCUGAUCGUCCAUUCCCAUGCACGUUCCCUGGCUGUACGUGGCGGUUUAGGACAGAGGUGAUGUGUCUUGCUCACUACAACGCCCACACAACAGAGGGCAAGUUCCGCUGUAGCGUGUGUGGCUACGUCUUCCGUCACAAGCACCACCUCCAGAGACAUCAGAGCAAGAUGCAUGGCAUCACCAACACCACAAAUGUCACCAUCGUUGAGGAGGAAAAGAAAGAAGAGAAAGAGACCACCAUCUCGGACAUUCCUGACACUGUGAACCUAAUAGUCAAUUCAGACAUGAGUCGUGAUCAGCUGCAAAGUGCUCUGCAGAACGGGCAGUUGGUGAUUGCCACAGACAGCGAAGGGAAUACAAUUAACUAUGAAGUAGCUGAUAUAACUAUGAAUGUAACUUACCACACACUUCUUGAAGAAGACUCCCAACUAGGGGACGCCCAGGCCAUACUUCAUGUAGCUACCAUUGAUUCUCAUGAUCCCAGUUAAUGCCACUCAUAUUUAGGUGUUUGCUUUGCUACUAAACCACAGUUAAGUCAUGAUAAAAGACUUGGGUACAGUGUAUCCAAUGGAGUCGGGACUAAAGCAAUUAGAGUGAAACUGGUAGGUGCCAGGAUCUGCUGAUCAUGGGUUCAAAUCCCAGAUGUGCCCUGAUAUGAUCCUUGGUGUGUCUGUACCGUACCAUCAUGACAAUGCUUGUGGGUGUCAUUAGAGUUGUUUAUGGCUGUGAUCUGCGUCACUUUGAGCUUUUGUCCCACAUAACUGCUAAACAAACUUGAGAAUAUUGUGUGAUAAAUGCGCUUUGGGAUAGUAGGCGUUCUGGGGUAAUGUAGUUCCAUUGUACAGAAGAAUGGAGGAGUGUGAUGCAGUGCACAUGGAUUUCAUGAUCUAUGUGUAUUGGUCAAUGUGCCACGACACCUCGACACGUGCACUAGGUUUUCACAUUCGUGAAUUAAUUGCUAAGGAUAAACUAUCUGGCUUCAAUCAUGUACAUAUUAAUCAUAUCGUCCUUUGAAGUAUGUUACUCAAAGUUUGCUGAGGAUUACCACUUUAUAAGGUAAUACGUCAAAUUGUGUGCAUCUAUUGACAUAGCCAAAGACAAUAUUUUUAUUUAUUUAAGGCAUGUUUAAUGAACAUAGGUCCGUUGUCAUGUGCCACACAAUGCCAACAAACAAUGUGUGACCAAUUAUCUGUCAGAUCACCCAUCAAAAUGAGAGAAUCUGACCAAAACUAAAACAUCAAAAAGUCAUAAAAACAAAUUCAUUGUCCCUAAAAACUACUUUCGGUAACUUGCAUGUAAUCCACUAGAUGCGAUUACAGCCUGGACACUGUCUAGCCUAGGCAUCAAUGACCCUGGCACGAUGAGGUCGUGCGUAAUCAUCCAUGAGGUUGAAGUCCGGUCCGAUUUACUAGCAUACGGUCUCACGUGCACAUCGAGAAUGACAUCCCUGUUGCGCACACCUGUCAUCGUGCCCAGCUGUAAGACAUGGAGAUUGGUUCUUGCAGCUCUACUGAUUCCACAACAAAUCUUGGUGGAGCCCCCUCCUUAGUGGACCUGUGAAGAUUCCGGGGUAGAAUAGGUCUUCAGCAACUAAUGCUUACCGUAAAAGGUGACUAUGCUUGUGUCGUAAAAGGCAACUAACAGGAUCAGAUGGUCAGGCUCGCUGACUUGGUUGAUGCAUGUCAUCAAUCCCAAUUGUGUGGACCGAUGCUCAUGAUAUUAAUCACUGGAUUGUCUGGAUUGGUCCAGACUCGAUUAUUUAAAGACCGCCAUCAUAUAGCUGGAAUAUUGCUGAAUCAGCGUUAAACAACAAACCAACCAAACCAACCCUCCUUAGCGGUCAUGUUCAGCUAUGUUGGAAUCUUGAAAUCUUUCUCCUUGUCUAAGCCACACUCGGGCACAAUGAUCUGUGAAGUCUAGACAGUAUUACUGGAGCCCAGUUCUGGUCUGACAUGAUCUUCAGCCAAAUCCAAACGUGUCUGCCUGUGAUGGCGGGUCAGAGGGAUGCGAAUGAAUGCCCUCCGUGACCGGAGACCAGCUUCACAGAGAUGAUUAUGCACUGUCUGAGUUGAAACGUUAAUGCCACUGGCUUUCUGCAGGUCAUUUCUGAGUGUGGUGUCAGUCACUAAGUGAUGACGUCUCGCUGCAAUCAGGAGGGACCUGUCUUCCUACUGUGUGGUGGAACGCUGUUGAACACAUGCCUGUCACUGUGUAGCUGUUCCACACUUCUGGUAUCGAUUCCACGCCUUGCUGACACCAAAGACGUUUACAUUGUGAUGUUGUAUUGACCAGGUUUCAAGCAUGCCUAUGCAUCUGCCUAAUUCUUCGGUCGUCAAACCACGUCUUUGAUGCUGAGGGGACAUGAGUGCUUGAGUUGUUGCAGUCCUCAGUAGCAAAUGUUUUGCUCAGUCCUUGUGGAUUGGCAUCUCUAAAAAUUACCAGUCCCCCCUAAUCAUGCUAAUUUUUGCCAGUCCCAACUUUCAACAAAUAAAAAAACGUAUGGAAAUUAUUUGGUUUGAAUUCUUUCAACAUCAUGUUCAGUGCAAAGAUGUCAUCUCUGAAGUAACUUAGUUAGAUCUAUACGCCAUCCACACAAACUUCAGUCACAAUUUUCUCUUCUUUUUUUAUAUAGUUUGAGACAAGUCACUACAAAUGGAUAUCUAACCUAGAAAUAGACGGGGGAAACCCUGAUGGUAACAGACAAGCCGACUUGAAUAUCACCGAUGUUUUGUUCAACAACAAAGAUUUAUAAGGUACUUCAUUUGCCGGUCCACAGGGACUGGUAGUCACAUGAAUUACCGGUCCAAGCUUUAAUUUUACCGGUAAAAAACUGGUAAUUACCGGUAAACGGGAACGCUGCCAAACACAGGUUUUCAAGCACCUCGUGCACAUCGUGCCCAUGACUGCAUGGCUCUCUCCUCUCAUCAUGAAACUGAGGUCCUGUAUGGGUUACCUUAUCAUUGUUUACCGGGAUAUUUCAAUCUUUAUUCAUUGCAUGAUAUUUGAUACCGUCAAAACUUGAUCCUUAGCAAACUUUUAGUAGUAUAAUAGAAAUGUCAAAGCCUAAAUGAGGAAAACCCUAGUACCCUGCUGCUAUUAUCGCACACUUCAUGCCGAUCGACAGGUUCAAAUGUCAGGCCAUGAUUUUUCUGCAGUUUGUUUAGCAGUAAGCUUAAACAUGGUGGUAUAACCAUAACUGAAGUACGAAACACAAAGUGAAGUUAGACCCAACUCACUCACUCACUCACUCACUCAUUGUUGGUGACCUGUGUGUGAGUUGCUGAUGAAAUUGUGGGGAUGUACACAUGUGUAAGGAACAUUUAUCAAUAGCAGGGAUACUUUCCUUUAUUUAUGUAUUGUUGUGUUUGCCCUGUAGAUAAUGAUAUAUACUACUCAACAUUUGAUAGAGAUAUUCUGAGUGUAUCCUAGGGGGAGUAUCUGGGCGUAGGAAUAGGAAGAGUUUUUCCAGGACUGCACGUUUUUAAGCCCUGGGCUUAAUUACGGAUUUUGCCUGUUUUAAAUGGGUAACAUUUAAUCCAAACUUAAGCGCAGGGCUUAAAAAUGAAAGAAAAUAAACAUGAUAGGAAGAAUGAAUAUCCCAAGUUUAAUGAAACAAUACUCACAAAUGGAAAGACUUUAUCAUAACACAUGAUUUUCUUUUUCAACUUGAAAAUUGUGAAUCAAGAACACAUCCAAACUUGAAAUGACGGCUGUCAAAAAAGUAACAACAAACCAAUAUCACAGUAUGCGUGUCAGCCCUAUGCGUUUUAAUGUCCACAUGAGUAUGUGGAAACUUCUAACAGCGCUUAAGGUUUAAUAUUGGUGCAGACUGGCCAUAUAGAAGCGUGGUAAGGGAGAUCAAUCAAUUUAUCAAAUUAAUUUAAGCCCAUUGGCUUAAAAGCGUUUUGCUUUUCCAAUUUUAAGCACAUGGACUAAAUAACGAGGGGGCUUAAAAACGUGCCGUCCCAGUAGGCUUGGAUCUGAUGCAUGUUAAGCUUCAUUUCAAGUGAUAAUGUUGAAAUAAAUGUUAACAUGGAAACCUUCCGCUGAAGAUUUCCACAGUAUCAGAAUAGAUCUUGCAUAAAACAGCAGGUGUUUGUGUUUAGAAUGUUGCAUAGUCCGGUGGUCUGACUAAAAUUUUGAGAACUUUUAUACACUACUGAUUGGGAUACUGUGCUAGCCCAAUCUCGGAAGUCGGGAGAAAACAACGUACAUGUAUCCCCGGACACUCAGAUUAUCCCUAUCAUAUGUGGAUUAGUAUAUAAUAACUACCAGAAGAGGUUCUUGAAGGUACUAACAGGCAAUAACAUUGAUAUGGGACAGUCGGGUAGCCAUGUGGUUAAAGUGUUCGCUUGUCAUGCCAAAAAGAAGUUUGAUUCCUGACAUGGGUACAAUGUGUGAAGCCAAUUUCUGGUGUCCCCUGCCGUGAUAUUGCUGGAAUAUUGCUAAAAGUGGCAUAAAACCAUACUCACUCACCCAAUUGUAACAUUAAUGACACAGCUUGCAGGAGUGUUGGAUGUCCUAAAUAUAACUGAAAGAUGCUGACAGUCAACCCAGCUGCUGAGAGAGGGACAACAGUUUCAAGAAUGACAGCUAGAACUCAGGGAAUGUGCAAUAUACAACUUCAUAGUCACACGUCAUUCUGUUAAUGUUAAUAACUGCCAGUGCUGAUGUAUAACUGUAUUGUAACAUGUGUACUGAUGUUUGACUGUUGUAUGACUUGAAUGAUACACAUGUGUACUGAUGUACCGGUAUGAGACUUGAAUGAUACACAUGUGUACUGAUGUACCGGUAUGAGACUUGAAUGAUACACGUGUGUACUGAUGUACCGGUAUGAGUCUUGUAUGAUACACAUGUGUACUGAUGUAUGAUACACAUGUGUACUGAUGUACCGGUAUGAGUCUUGUAUGAUACACAUGUGUACUGAUGUAUGAUACACAUGUGUACUGAUGUACCGGUAUGAGUCUUGUAUGAUACACAUGUGUACUGAUGUACCGGUAUGAGUCUUGUAUGAUACACAUGUGUACUGAUGUAUGAUACACGUGUGUACUGAUGUACCGGUAUGAGUCUUGUAUGAUACACGUGUGUACUGAUGUACCAGUAUGAGUCUUGUAUGAUACACAUGUAUACUGAUGUACCGGUAUGAGUCUUGUAUGAUACACAUGUAUACUGAUGUACCAGUAUGAGUCUUGUAUGAUACACAUGUAUACUGAUGUACCGGUAUGAGUCUUGUAUGAUACACAUGUAUACUGAUGUACCGGUAUGAGUCUUGUAUGAUACACAUGUGUACUGAUGUACCGGUAUGAGUCUUGUAUGAUACACAUGUGUACUGAUGUACCGGUAUGAGUCUUGUAUGAUACAUGUGUGUACUGAUGUACCGGUAUGAGUCUUGUAUGAUACACAUGUGUACUGAUGUAUGAUACACGUGUGUACUGAUGUAUGAUACACGUGUGUACUGAUGUAUGAUACACAUGUGUACUGAUGUACCGGUAUGAGUCUUGUAUGAUACACAUGUGUACUGAUGUAUGAUACACAUGUGUACUGAUGUACCGGUAUGAGUCUUGUAUGAUACACAUGUGUACUGAUGUAUGAUACACGUGUGUACUGAUGUAUGAUACACGUGUGUACUGAUGUAUGAUACACGUGUGUACUGAUGUAUGAUACACGUGUGUACUGAUGUAUGAUACACAUGUGUACUGAUGUACCGGUAUGAGUCUUGUAUGAUACACGUGUGUACUGAUGUACCGGUAUGAGUCUUGUAUGAUACACAUGUGUACUGAUGUACCGGUAUGAGUCUUGUAUGAUACACGUGUACUGAUGUAUGAUACACAUGUGUACUGAUGUAUGACUAGUAUUCUACAUGUGUACAGAUAUUUGUAUGUUAAAUACACCAGUCAAGCUAUUUUAGUAUUAGAAAUAUAAUGGGUACAGCCUGAUGUAUGAUGGGUGUACCGGCGAUGAUCUGUGCAUGCAGCAUCCCAAGCUGCUGAUCAGGCUGUCAAGGCGUACCAUAGAGUUCAUUAAGGCCAAAGAUUCGUUCAUUGACUCAGUAGUGACUGCAUGGUGCUGGAUGUGCUGCAAGUGAUCAAGGAGAUGACCUCUCAGUCUUGGAAGGUGCGUUCUGGUAGCCUAGUGGUUAAAGCAUUCGCUCGUCACGCCAAAGACCCAGGUUCGAUUCCUGACAUGGGUAUAAUGUGUGAAGCCAGUUUCUGGUUUCCCCCGCCGUGAUAUUGCUGGAAUAUUGCUAAAAGCGGCGUAAAAACCAUACUCACUCCGAGCAGUGGCUUAUCUGAAUUUGUUGUUGAAAUAGGUUUCAUAUUAUUACCAUUGUCAGGGACAGUCAGAAAUUAUACUUUUCCCCAAUGAACUUCUUUGCUUCUAUUUCAACAUGUGUAAAUUUGUAACUUUGUACAAUACUUGUACUGGUAUCAACGUGAUCAGGGACAGUCAGAGAUCAGAAAUAUGAGUUGUUGCAAUAAAUGAUUUCAUCGUCAAAAUUAGUUUCUUCCACAAAGAACAUUGUUUCUCUUUCCCACAUGAACUAGGUACUGGGAAUAUAUGUGAAAGCCAGACACCUGGGCCUCGUUCAACAAAGCAAUCUUAGCAUAAUGACUAUCAUUAAAGUAUGGGAGUUACGAUGACCUAAGCUCUAAGAUUCUUUGUGGAAUGAUGCCUGGGCACAUUUUUCUCCAGUUCUACAAACAAAACUGCUGAGUGUUAACAUUUAAGCAAUAAACUUCCUCUAUGUGUUACUCGAACUAGUUGCAAAAACUGGGUCAAUCAUGUGAUGCAAAAAAUAAGCAGCAGUUGAUAAGGUCAUAAAACAACCUAUUGCUUUAGAACUGGUACAAAACAUGUCAUUAGCUGAGCAACAACAAAUGCAUUUAUCAGAAAAAAUAGUUCAGGAUUAUAUUUGAAAAUGGCUAAUUUGUAUGGAAUUAUGUUGGAAGUGGUGCUUACAUGUUUUCCAUGUAUUGGAUAAAGCUGUUGACAAGUAGCUAUUCCCAUAGAUCACUAGUCUGUCUUACAGACCCUGAUACAAAUAUAUCAAAUACAGCCCAUGCAAGUCUAUAAUGUUUGGCAAGUCUAGAUUUCUGCAGUAUCAGGAAUUGAAGAGAGUCUCUGGGCUCCUUUUUAUUAAAUUAUUAUUAUUAUUAUUAAAUUUAUUAAAGAUAAUUUGACAACUAUUUUAUUUCUGUACGAUAUGUUCAUUUCAGGGACUAGAUGUUAGUCUAAUAGAUCAUGAUAUCUGAAAUAUGUUGCCUGGAGAGCAGUAUGUAAACCGUUGGUUUCUCAUGCUCAAGACGUUCGAUUUCCUACAGUGUAUGAAGCUGUGUGUGAUAUGGCUUCAAUAUUGCUGAGAGCGGUGUAAAACUAUACAUACCAAUGCACUGUAUACCAUGUAUACACAGCUACCAUGUGAAUCUCCUGGUUUGGAGGAAUAAAGAACAUGAUGAAACACAUUUCUGUUUUUAAUAAUUUAUUUAUCAACAAAAAUGACAAACAGGCUAAAAUAUUCCAGUAAAUAGAUGAUAUUGGAAAACAUUGUAGACACCUCAAAAAUCCUAGUGUAUUAUCUUCAAAACAUUCCUGUUGUGCAUGUAAAUGUUACCUUGGAUCCCAGAGCAGCAAAAAGUAAUGAAAUAACUGAUUUAGUACAGGGCCACAAAGCAAUCUCAGCGCUACAAUGAUUAUAAGUCUGUUAAGGGGAGUUGUGAUCAACUUAACAUUAAGGGUGCUUUGUGGCAUAUAUGACUGGAAUAAUUGAUUGAUUUUUUCUUCCGAUGGUUCUAAGAGAAGGAAUGAUCUAUUAUGUCUUUGUACCCUGGCAACUUGGCUAGCUGCUCACAAUGUCAGUCUCUGUACUAUUGCUCUGUAAAAGUAGCUGGAAUAUUGCUGAGUG